AUGGAUUUGUUGCAGUUUUUUCCAGAGGCUAAUGAAGUGACAUUUGCACGACAAUCAGCGUUUGAAGGAUCUUCACUUAAGUUGGACUAUUUGACAAAGCCAUCUUUUUUUGAGGAUUUUGGUUUUGUUGAAAAAGUCAAAAUGACAGACCGUGUGAAGCCAGAAGAUGAACUGUUCCUAGUUGCCUAUCCGUAUUUCAACGUUAAUGAAAUGCUUGUGGUGGAAGAGCUUUACAAAGAAGCUAUUGUUGAAACAGUCCGAAAAUUGAUUAUAUUCAAUGGAGAACUUGACCGAAUAAGGUGCUACCCAGGUCCCUGGAAAGUCCUACGUAAAGUGAGGAAUGCUUAUAUAUGUUUGCAUCAACAGGAAGCUAUGCCCUCCCUUAAAGAAGUUGCCCUGGAUAUUCUGCCAUCACACCCCGGUGGUGCAGGACAAGAAAGAAUACGGGAAAAACCUGAGGAAGAUCAAUCCUUAAUAUCAUCAAUUGACAAUCAAUUAUCAAAAAGAAUCGCUUAA